AUGAAAGAAGCAAAGUUCAAAGGAAUAAAAUACCCUACACCACAGCGUUUAGGUUAUUUAAAGCAACUGGGUUAUACCCAGAAAGACAUUGCCGCUGUUUACGGAACAUUUAUUUUGCACACGGUAAUAAGUCGCUUGGCAGUAUUAAGAACCUUAAAAAAACUUGGUUUUACUCGCAAGAAGUUAACUAACCAUUAUUCAGAACAAUUAAGCCAUUUACAGAAAAUUAGUAAGUUUAAAAAACUAAUUCCUGGUUUACCUCAAAAUAAAAUUAUUGCUAUUGAUGAAUGUGGUUUUCACCUUAAUGAAACUCCAAGGUAUGGUUAUUCUCAUAAGAGUUCUCGGGCUGGAUACAUAAAACCAGGUUACCCAGGAAAUAACCAUACUUUAAUGCUCUGUAUUCAGAAUGUAGCAGUUCAUAAGGCAAAGCAGUCGUGUAUUAAAUUAGGACUUACUCCUAUCAAAGAAUUAUCAGAAAGCAAAAAUAUUGAAACACUCUUUUUACCUCCUUACACUCCCGAAAUGAACCCAGUAGAGUAUUGUUUUAAUCUUAUUAGGCAAUGA